CCGUGCCAAUAAAUUGCGACAGCCAUCAAUCUGUACGGCUUGGCUUUGAUUAUCGAUUCAAAUCCUCUCGUUUGGUUCCGGAGAUUGCUUCUUUUUCGAUCAAGUAAUUUUGUAGUCUUGUGAUCGGUGGUGGGUUUAGUCGGAUCGGAUCUGCGAUUGAAUUGAGAAGCUAUGGCGGAGGAUAAGUACAAUAUGAAGAACCCUGCGGUGAAGAGGAUCCUUCAGGAGGUCAAGGAGAUGCAGGCUAAUCCUUCUGAUGAUUUCAUGAGUCUUCCUCUCGAGGAGAAUAUAUUUGAAUGGCAAUUUGCCAUCCGCGGACCUGAUGAUAGUGAAUUUGAGGGUGGGAUAUAUCAUGGACGUAUCCAAUUGCCAGCAGAAUAUCCAUUCAAGCCACCUUCAUUCAUGCUGUUGACCCCCAACGGUCGAUUUGAAACCCAAACGAAGAUUUGUUUGAGCAUAUCAAAUCACCAUCCAGAGCAUUGGCAACCAUCAUGGAGUGUGCGCACUGCCUUGGUGGCAUUAAUUGCUUUCAUGCCCACAAACCCAAAUGGAGCUCUUGGUUCCCUGGAUUACAAGAAGGAAGAAAGGCGAGUAUUGGCCAUCAAAUCUCGAGAAGCACCCCCGAAAUUUGGUACUCCUGAGCGUCAAAAACUAAUUGACGAGAUUCAUGAAUACAUGCUGAGUAAGGCGCCGCCUGUCCCUCAAUCGGGUUCUUCAGAUGUCUCUGACGAAAAACCGACCAACGAGGAGUCUGAUGUCCAGGUAACUUCUGAACCUGCUGAACUUGCAGCUGCUGGGGAAGAGCUGCAGAAUCCACCUACAAUCAACAGGAUCGUUGAGGAAGCAGUACCAGAGGUCCAGCCCGAAGUGGCAAGAGUGGCGCCAUCUAGUCGCCCCACCACUCAGGCUGAGCAGCAGAGGCCUGAGACGAGAGUUCAUAAACCAGCUGACGACAGGUUGUUCACAUGGGCUGCCAUCGGGCUCACUCUUGCAAUCGUUGUUCUUUUGCUGAAGAAGUUCAUGAAAGCAAGCGCUCAUGGUUCUGUGUUCAUGGAUGAAUCUUAGAAGAUUGGAGAUGAUAUUUGUUGAUUGAUAGCUUUUGCUAUGAGACACGAGGGUCUUAUGUGUAUUGAUAGUUUUAGCGUAAAUUCUAAUGUUUCAUAUCAUUCUGAUUCUACAAGGAAAAAAAAAAAGCAAUCUUAUGUUUUUAUGGUGUUGCCUUCCCUUCUCCAUUAUUUGUAGUUAAAUAAUAACAUAUGCAAAAUUGCUUGGCUUAAAA